GCUGUUCCAGCACAGGGUGUGCGCCCCUGCCUCUUUAUUCCCAGAUCCCCCUGGCGCAGCCUGCACACACUGCUGUGCGCACGGCAGAGAUCCCAUUCAAACAUGUGAGCGACUGGCUCGAAUCCGAGGAGAGAAGAGAAAGCUCCCCCUUAGCCGGACUUCUGUGCCUGUGCCGUCUUGACUUUGUUUCCAACAACAAAACCCGCAGCUGACAUGUAACGCAUGGAUUAUGGAUCGGAUGUGGAUAUGGUGCCAAACGCUGCUGCUCGUUGGGGGGGUUUGCGCCAGCUCUCCGCUGCCGGAUGGCGACGACGCGUCGUGCGAUGGGGCGUUCGAUAUUUAUUUUGUUUUAGACAAGUCAGGCAGUGUGUGGGGACACUGGAAGGAGAUCUAUGGCUUUGUGGAGCAGCUCACCAGCAGGUUUGUCAGUCCCAGGAUGAGGGUCUCCUACAUUGUCUUCUCAGCUCGGGCUACUGUUAUUCUUCCACUAACUGGAGACAGGUCCAAAAUAGAUGAGGGUCUGAGAAAGCUGAGCCAAAUCCAGCCAGUGGGUGAAACGUACAUGCAUGAAGGCCUAAAAGCGGUGUCUGAGCAAAUGAUUAGCCAAACUUCCCCAUCAUCCAGCAUCAUUAUCGUUCUGACUGAUGGCAAGCUGGACAUCUACCCCUAUGAACUGAGUAUAACGGAGGCUGACAAAGUCAGAGAGUUUGGAGCUAGAGUUUACUGUGUCGGGGUCAUGGACUUUGACCAGAAGCAGCUUGCCGACAUAGCAGACGGGAAAGAGCAAGUCUUCCCUGUUCUGUCCGGCUUUCAUGCCCUCAAAGACAUCGUCAGCAAAGUCCUCAGGCAGUCGUGCAGUGAAGUGUUCACAAUCGAGCCCUCCAGCGUGUGUGUGAAUGAGUCUUUCGACGUGGUUUUGAGGGGCACUGGCUUUAGCGGAUCCAAGAGGAUAGACAACAUACUGUGUUCCAUCACUCUCAACCAGAGGACUUACAAUGAGAAGCCUACUGUAGUUGAAGAUGGCUAUCUGCUGUGUACAGCUCCCCGUCUACAAGAGGUUGGACAAUCCAUCCAAGUCCUCAUCAGUCUGAACAACGGAAAGUCUUUCAUCUCCGGCCCCAUAACCAUACGCGCCACCACAUGCUCAGAUGGCGCCUGGGUGCUGUGGCUGCUGCUGGCCCUGCUGCUGCUGCUGGCCCUGGCUUUACUCUGGUGGUUCUGGCCUCUCUGCUGCACCGUGGUCAUCAGGGACCCGCCCCCAGCUCGCCCCCCCCCUCCUCCUCCGGUCAUUGAGAUGGAGGACGACCCUUUUCCCAAACACAAGUGGCCCACCGUGGAUGCCUCGUACUAUGGAGGGAGGGGUCCGGGAGGAAUCAAACGCAUGGAGGUGAGAUGGGGCCAAAAGGGAUCCACAGAGGAGGGCUCUCGGUUGGAGAAGACCAAAGACGCUGUGGUCACCAUGCCGGAGGAAGUGGAGGAGCCCAUCAUUCCUCGACCUCCGCCAAGACCUCCUCCAGUCUGCGGCCAGCCGUCCCAAACCAAAUGGUACUCUCCCAUCAAGGGGAGACUUGACGCACUGCUGGCAUUAAUGAGGAGACAGUACGACAGAGUGGCCAUCAUGAGGCCGACACCUCGGGACAAGGCAAGAAAAGGCCGCUGCAUCAACUUCACCAGAGUUCAGACUCACUGAUGUGCAAACAUUAGGAUCACAUUUUACAGUUUUGGGCCAAAGGCAACUAACCAUAUUUUUCUGACAUCAAUGUUCAACAUGAGUGUGUUUUGUAAAUAAACAUCUGACAAUGUGGUGUUCAGAAAUCUGUAUCUGUCAAAAGCAAACCAACUUU